AUGACCCACCACGACGGACACCACGACGAGCUCCAGCAGGACCAGACCGGCAAGGUCCCGAACCCCGCCAACGAGACCCAGGUGAUCGAGGCGCUCGACCAGCAGCGCGCCGUCAACGACCAGGGCUACGUCAAGAAGGUCCUCGAGAACUACAUCGACAACAGGAAGAAGGAGGGUGACAACGACGCCAAGAUCUCCGAGAAGCUCAACAUUGUCCUCGACCGCUUCCCGCACUACAAGAACAUUGUCGACGAGAUCACCAACGCCCGCGGCCUCCCCCCUUGCACCCAGGGCGACCAGUCCAAGCGCGUUUAA